AUGGCAUGCAAACUUUUCAGGUACAUGAUUGAAAUUGCUGCAAGUGCUGGCGUUCCAUUCACACCUGAUCCCGAUGUUAUGAGAGAUGACGAGGUGGCUCAAGCGGAGAAAAUGCUCAUCGAUUUCAAACAAGCUGGUACUACCAACAAUGUCGUUAGUGAUGCGACGCAACCAGGAGUUCCUCCAGCUGCACCUCCAGGCAUUCCUCCGGCAGCGCCUCCAAAUGAUGCAAGAUUUUUGGGUGUUAAUUACGGCUGGAAUCUACCACCAGGUCCACCACCACCUGGGCAUUUUCCACCACCAAAUGUGCCACCCCCACCUCCUAGCUCUGGCGAUGAUUAUGGAGGUAGUGGCGGAGGUAGUAAAUUUGCAGUUAUCGUUGCUAUAAGUUUUUGA